AUGAUCCGCCCUCUGCAAGAAGAGGUGCGAUCUCGUCUAAGAUCAGGGGUCGCCAUCACCAACUUCACGCAAUGCGUCGAAGAACUUGUUUUGAACAGCUUAGAUGCUGAAGCUACCUGCAUCACAGUUCGGAUAGACAUUCCGAAUUUUAAGAUCCAAGUGUGCGAUAAUGGUAUUGGUAUAACCCACGGAGAUCUGAGAUUUGUUGGAGAGCGAUACUCGAGUAGUAAAUGCCAUGUGCUUGAAGAUUUGGAACAGCUGAGUUUUCAUGGUUUCAGAGGAGAAGCUCUUGCAAGUAUACGAGAGAUUUGCGAUGUGCUAGAAAUAUCCACUCGUCAUCGGUCUUCUCAUCAAACUUACUGCAAAUUGUUUCGAACUUCUCAAGUCCUUGAGCUCAAAGAGUCCCGAUUUCCGAGAACUAUCCGUGGAACAAGUGUAACAGUUCAUGGGCUUUUUCAAACCUUCCUGUGAGACGUAAAGCUAUCAUGGAAACACUUGACUUUGACCGUGUUCGGCAUAGAAUUGCAUCCAUUGCUCUUAUAAACCCAAAGACUGCAUUCACAUUGAUAAACGAUUCAUCGGGUGUGAAAUGCCUUCGAACGCAUGACUGCAAGUCUGUUGUCUCAGCAUUCUCUCAGCUGUUUGGCAACCAAAGAUCAAAACAUUUGCAACAAGUACAAUUUGAACAGGACAACUUCAAAGUUUCUGGUUUUAUUUCAACCGACACACACCAUAGUAAGAGUCUGCAAUUUUUUGUAUAUAAAUAGGCGUUUAAUACUGAAGACAAGACUUCACAAGCUUGUGAAUAGCAUUCUCGCAUAA